UGCUCCUCCGUUAGGCCGUUGUUGUUGGAGCGGGAACACGCACGGCGUAUAGGGAUUGUGAUUGACUGACAGCAGCACAUCUCUCUCCUUAAGUAAUUAUACAGCUGAAAUAACAGGAUAGCAUGCCUCGAGAAAUCAUCACCCUGCAGCUCGGGCAGUGCGGGAACCAGAUUGGUUUUGAGUUUUGGAAGCAGCUUUGUGCUGAGCAUGGCAUCAGCCCAGAGGGCAUCGUGGAGGAGUUCGCAACUGAGGGCACUGACCGGAAAGAUGUCUUUUUCUAUCAGGCGGAUGAUGAGCACUACAUUCCUCGUGCUGUGCUGUUGGACCUGGAGCCCCGUGUCAUCCACACCAUCCUGAACUCCCCCUACGCCAACCUAUACAACCCGGAGAACAUCUACCUGUCGGAGCAUGGCGGUGGAGCUGGUAACAACUGGGCCAGUGGCUUCUCUCAGGGAGAAAAAAUCCAUGAGGACAUCUUUGACAUCAUUGACAGGGAGGCAGAUGGCAGUGACAGUCUUGAGGGCUUUGUGCUUUGUCACUCUAUUGCCGGGGGAACAGGAUCUGGUCUGGGAUCUUACCUACUGGAACGACUGAACGACAGGUAUCCUAAAAAACUAGUUCAGACCUACUCUGUCUUUCCUAACCAGGAUGAGAUGAGUGAUGUUGUCGUACAGCCAUAUAAUUCUCUUCUGACAUUAAAGAGACUGACCCAGAAUGCCGAUUGUGUGGUAGUGCUGGACAACACGGCUUUGAACAGAAUCGCCACAGACCGGCUGCACAUUCAGAACCCCUCGUUCUCUCAGAUCAACCAACUGGUGUCCACCAUAAUGUCAGCAAGCACAACAACCCUCCGUUACCCUGGAUAUAUGAACAAUGAUCUGAUUGGUCUCAUUGCGUCACUCAUCCCCACUCCCCGCCUCCACUUCCUCAUGACUGGAUACACACCACUGACCACCGAUCAGUCCGUGGCAAGUGUGAGGAAGACUACAGUUCUUGAUGUGAUGAGGAGACUCCUGCAGCCUAAGAAUGUCAUGGUGUCCACUGGUAGAGACCGCCAGACCACUCAUUGCUACAUUGCCAUUCUCAACAUCAUCCAGGGAGAGGUGGACCCCACACAGGUUCAUAAGAGUCUGCAGAGAAUCAGGGAGAGGAAGUUAGCUAAUUUCAUCCCAUGGGGUCCAGCUAGUAUCCAGGUGGCACUGUCCCGCAGAUCUCCCUACCUGCCCUCAGCUCACCGUGUUAGUGGACUUAUGAUGGCUAAUCACACCAGCAUCUCUUCGUUGUUUGAGCGAACCUGUCGUCAGUAUGAUAAGCUGAGGAAGAGGGAGGCCUUCCUCGAGCAGUUCAGAAAGGAGGACAUAUUCAAGGACAACUUUGACGAGCUGGAUAACUCUCGCGAGGUGGUUCAACAGCUUGUGGAUGAGUACAGCGCCGCCACGCGUCCCGACUACAUCUCCUGGGGCACGCAAGAGCAGUGAAAGAAAGCCUCUAAACUCAUCCUAUAAAAUACGCAAUGACUCCAGCAGACUCUAGCAGAAUUUCAGUAGUGAAUGCACUUCUUAAGACUCAUGUCAUUAAAUCUUUCGUGGUUCGUCAUACUGUUCCUCCGGAGCCUAUUUCCGCAUUACUGCUAUGGGAAGAGACACUCAUUUAUGUAAUGUGAUUUCUCAUGUUUAGAAGCCUAUCAAAAGUUCUUCAUAAUUUGGUGCCUCUAUCCUGAGCUGUAACUUUUCUCUUUCUCCCCAAUUUCCUUUCUUUGAUCAGAGAAUUUAUGGCUCCCGUCUUAAUCUAUUUUUGUACUGCACUCGGCACUCUUCUGCACACAAUCUACAUCAAUCUAUGUCAAGGUGGCCUGCACAUAAAUUUCCCUGACCACACACAUGUUGGACGUCUACACCGAUAAGACUGGGUGGUCUCGGAUGAAUGUAACCGUAGGAGGGAGUGUGAAAGAUUAAGCCUCUUAGAAAAGAUCAGACUAGAAGCAGCUUAUGAAUACACCAUCUAACUCCCUCACGUUCACGCAUGCAUGCUUGUAGACAAAAGGCGCUUGCUUUCAGGGGAUAGACUAUGAUUGUGUGAUUUGACUGGAUUUUUCUCUGUUUUAUUGUCAUGGAUUACUCUAGGCGAUUAUCUCAGAGUUUUGAGAGAUGAUCAGUAAGUCAAGUGUUGUGCUGUACCUCAAUCCUAUCCAAUCAGUGAAGCCUCACUGUCACCGGGCUCUUUUUCUAGUCAAUUCCAUCAGUGAUGUUACCUCAAAGUCUGGCAGAUUCAAUCAUACACCAAAAUCCCAACAAAUGUCACAUUUCCUUUUUUUGAAUAAUUUAUUCUUCUGCUCCUAUCUCUCUUUAUUUUUUCUAUUGUAUUGGGAAGUGAUAGACCCUUCAUAUGAAACUCCUUUCUCAGUGCUUUCUUUUCCUCAGUUACCACAUGUUCUUUUUAUUAAUAUUAUACUGUGUAUAUAGUUUGCUGUCAGACUUGAUGCAUUUACUUGAAGUUCAUGAGAUCGAAUAAAUGUUUUUUGUACAAUAACA